AUGGCCCAACAGUUCUAUCGCAGCUUGGUCAACGGUUCACUCUGUAGUUCACCUGGUCCCUUGCUCUCCUUCGUUCCACUCACCGGACCUUCUGCUACGAAUACACCCUCUGCUACACCAUCACUUCCCUCCACAUGCCCUCUUAUACUGCCUCUCUCUUUUUCCGAGACUGAAGCUGUUACCACAGAUGGCUCUUCUGAGUCUGGCAUCUCUGACUGCUGCCCAUCUGCUGACACGCCAACAAGCUCUGGCGCAACUACAGGCACAACCACAGGCACCACCGACACUACUAGUGGGGGCGGCUGUCCCCAUGCGUUCAAUGAACCUGAACUGGCUCCAAGCUCUGAUCAGACCAGGGGGCUACAAAUGAAGUCAGAACGCGAUCCUGACCACGAAGAUGACGCUUCAGUCUAUGACCACCACAACCACCACGCUUAUCAUCACUACUACUAUCACCAUCAUCACCACUCACAUGUACAUGGCCACCCCCAUGGACACUCUCAUGGCCAUUCACACCUACAUCAGCAUCAGCAUGCUCAUUUACACGCACAUCAGCACCAUCCACAUCCGGUGCAUGGGCAUGGACAUGCACACACACAUGCCCAUGCCUACACACAUCCGCAUCCUUUACAUGCACCCUUUGGUUCCGUAGAUUCACCCACUGCCUCAGCUCUAUUGCAUGCUCAUCUGCGUAGUCUUAGCUUCACACCGCUCUCUAUCGAAGCUGACUUGAAUGCUGCGGCUGCCUCUACUGCUAGUGGCGCCAAUCUUAGCUCACGCGCAGAUUGUCAGGAGGCUGAUAACUUGUUGUCGUCAAUAGAGCAGAAGCAGGAUAAAGAAGAUAUUGUGAAAUCCAAGGAACCAGAAGAUAGUCAUGCUAAACUAACUCCUGUUUCUGGCCCUUUGUUUAUGGAUGGAGCUGAGAACCGGGUUAUUGGGCAGUCGAAUAAUCGUCGUGUCAAUGAAACACGCUGUGUAUCAUUGGCCGAUACGGUAUCAUCUUCUUCCUGUCCCUCUCGCGAUCCAAAUUCUCUGACUUCGACUGCUACCUCAGUGUUGCCCGUUCGAGCUGUUCUUGGUACUUAG